AUAGCACCAGAAUUCCCACAUGAAUGAGUUCACACCUCUACCUCAAGAAAUCGUCCCAGGAGCGGAAACCCAGAACAGAAAAGUCUCACAGUUCCUUCCGUUGGGAUGAUUUCCAUUCAGCAUCCACAUGCGCGGCGCAGCCUCUGAUUAACUGCUCCCUUUUUAUUUAUAUGAGCUACUAACUUAAUAUGGCAUUCGCAUACUUGCCCAGCAGUCUUUUAUUCGGAUGUGUUAUCAUUCUCCAUGCUGUCGACUCCCGCCUCUACAACAACCGCUACUUCGGCGAUCAAGUGUUGAGAAUCAUCCCCAGCAGCGGCACAGAGGUUCAAGCAGUCAAACAUCUUUUCCAAAACCUGACGGUGGACCUUUGGAGGCCAAACAGUGCAUUUAUGAUCCAAGAGAACAGCCCAGUAGACGUUCGUGUGGGACAGAACAAGACUCAGCGGCUAAGAAGACGUCUUCGGCAAGCGCACAUCCACUAUGAGGUGCUCAUUUCCAAUCUCCAAACCGAAAUUGAGAAACAGAUCGGACACCAGUCCUCAAGGAAGCGCAGAUCAGUAUUCCAGUACGACUACGAAGUGUAUCAUACUUUGGAAGAGAUCCAGAGUUGGAUGUUUGAGAUGAACCGGACAAACCCACACCUGGUGGACUUGUUUUCUAUUGGUCAGUCCUAUGAAGGACGGCCCCUCUAUGUGCUUCAGUUAGGAAAGAGAACACGUCCCUCUAAGAAGGCAGUGUGGAUAGACUGUGGAGUACACGCAAGAGAAUGGAUUGGUCCAGCUUUCUGCCAGUGGUUUGUGAAAGAGGCGCUGAGCUCCUAUCAACACGACUCCAGCAUGAGACGACUGAUGAAUCAGCUCAAUUUCUACAUCAUGCCCGUCUUCAACGUGGAUGGUUACCAUUACAGCUGGGAGACGGAUCGCUUUUGGCGGAAAACUCGGUCAAAGAUUCCAAAGUAUCAUUGUCGGGGAGUGGAUGCCAACCGAAAUUGGAAAGUCAAAUGGUGCGAUGAGGGUGCAUCCCUGCACCCCUGUGAUGACACGUACUGCGGUCCCUUCCCUGAGUCAGAGCCUGAGGUCAAAGCUGUGGCCAAGUUUUUACGCAAACACCGAAAACGUGUCAAAGCCUACAUCUCUAUUCACGCCUAUGCUCAGAUGCUCCUCUAUCCAUACUCCUACAAAUACGCCACUAUACCAAAUUUCAACUGCGUGGAGUCAGCGGCCCAGAAUGCAGUGAGCGCUUUAUACUCAGCUUAUGGAGUGAGAUACAGAUACGGCCCUGCCUCCACCACACUUUAUGUGAGUUCCGGCAGCUCAAUAGACUGGGCCUAUAAGAACGGGAUCCCGUACGCCUUUGCCUUCGAGCUGCGUGAUACGGGCUAUUUCGGCUUUCUAUUGCCCGAAGCCCUGAUUAACCCAACUUGCACAGAGACCACGAGAGCAGUAAAGACCAUCGCUUCAGGCCUGCUGAAGAAAUGUACCAAAUGAAACCUUCUCUUCUCUCUCUCUUCUCUGGUCAUCCUCUCUAUCGAUUUCAUGCCCGUAAGCCAUAGCAGCGUCUACGAUCUAUGUACAACCGUGCCUGUGUUUUAUUUUUUAAGAUUUAUUUAUUUCGUAAACUACUUUGAGAAAGCUAUACAUUAACCAAAACGGUGUAACUGUAAACAGCGUAGAAAUGCAAGCACUUGAAUUGUGAACUAGAGCUUUCUGGAUUUUACUUAUGAGGCGAAUGAGCACUUGCAGCAUAAGCUUCAAAAGAACAGUAAUGCGCAAAGAAUGUAAAUAAUGCAUACUGUUAGCUUAAAAUGGGUUCAUAGAUGCUGUGCGGAGUUGUGUAUCACUGCAGCUUAAAUAAAGCUUUGAUUUUCUUUGGAAAUGAAAGAGAAAAGGUCGUCUGGGAACUCUAAAAUUGCUUUUUGUUAUGUUUUGCUCUGAUGAGAACUUAUCAAAGUAUCUUUAACUUGUAUAAUUAAUUGUACUUGCGAGGGCGAUGUUUACAUCUGUACUAUUAAGUACUAUCUAGUUUUGUAGUUUAAUUGUAAUAAGCCAGUAUUUAUUUCAAUAAAAAAUACUUUAUUAUAAAUAAA